AUGUCCACAGAACCCCCCUAUCUCGGAAUCAGCCGUCGUAAGUUGGAAGAGCGAGACAGCAAAAUCCCUGCGGAGUGGAGGAUAUCGAUGCCGGAGGACGACGACAACCUCCUCGGUUUGCCUCGGUCUUGCUCCUUGUUAUCGCAGCGAGAGCUGGACAUCACAGAGCAAAAUGACUCUGUCGCUCUGUUGGAGAAGAUCCGUGCGAGGGAGUAUAGCAGUGUCGAAGUGACGAGGGCGUUUUGUAAAAGAGCUGCCAUCGCGCAACAGGUUUUGAAUUGUCUGACCGAGAUCUUCUUCGACCAAGCCCUUGAGCGUGCGGCUUACCUUGACGACUAUCUCAACCGGAUAGGAAAACCCCUUGGCCCUCUGCAUGGCCUUCCGGUUGCUUUGAAAGACAGCAUCAAUGUAGCGGGCAUUGACUCGACCAUUGGCAUGGCGGCCUUCGCGUUCAAACCGGUCAAGAAGAACUCGGUCAUCGUCGACAUGCUCUUGUCACUGGGAGCCGUCAUGUACGUCAAAACCAAUGUCCCACAGUCGAUGAUGACACCGGAUACAGAGAACUUUGUAUUCGGGCAAUCUCGAAAUGCUAGAUCCAAGUACCUGACAGCCGCUGGGAGUUCUGGUGGGUUGGGGGCUUUACUUGGUAUUCGAGGAGCCUUGAUGGGAAUAGGGACUGAUGUCGGGGGCUCAGUAAGGAUCCCAGCUUAUUGCAAUGGAGUCUAUGCGGUCAAACCAUCUUCCGGUCGUCUUCCAUACCACAGGCUUCAGGGGUAUUUAACGGACGGAGCAGAGACCGUGGGGAUUCUGUGCGUUAAUGGGGUUUUGGCAGUGUCAAUGAGAGACUGCGAGCUUCUCCUUCGCUCGAUAUCGGAUGCGGAGCCCUGGCUGUAUGAUCCUGGAUGUAGUUAUUUGCCUUGGGACUCGCAACCUUUGCUGGAACGACCCCUGGUGUUUGGUGUCAUCUGGGAGGACCACGAAACAACCCCUUUGCCGCCCUUGCUUCGAAUCCUCAGAGAGACUUGCGACAAGCUGCGGACAAAUGGGCAUGAAGUCAUUGAUAUGGAAUUCUACAAAUGCGCCGAACUGGCCCAAAAUGCGGUUGGGAACUUCAAACUUGAAGGUGGAAAGGCUCUUGAUGGCGCUCGCAGUCUGACAGGAGAGCCAUACACGGAAUCGGUCAAACAAGGCGGCUUGUAUCCUUGCCCAGAAGGGACACUGUCCGAUCUGUUUGCGUUAAGUGCGCAGAGACUGCAACUUCAGACAGACUGGCUUCAAUACUGGGCGUCAACGGCGAAAAGCAGCCGCUCAGGUCGACCCGUGGAUGUGAUACUCUCUCCUGCACAGAGCUGUUUGCCACGGCCGCACGACACUUUGAUCCGCAGUCACUUCUCGCGGAUCUGGAACGUCCUCGACUAUCCUGCUGCGAUUGUGCAAUGUGGAGCCGUGGAUCUCAGCAAAGACAAUGUCGAAUUGCCUCCUCCUCGUGGUCCCAUGGAUGAGAGGGUUCAGUCUAUAUACACAAAGGAGAAGCGCCAGCGGUACGAAGGGUUCCCUAUCGGUUUACAGAUGGUUGGACAACGUCAGAUGGAGGCGAAAUUGGUCAAAGUGGCAUUGCUUGUCGAGAAAUUGGUCCGGUAA